UUGCUCUGAUGAAGUGGGGAGAGAGAGGAGCAAGUGGACUAGUUGUUCUUCAUAUAUAUAUUUAUAUAUAAUUCUGUUUGAUUUGUUGGAAAUUAUGGGUUAGAGGUCUUCAUUCUUCUGCUUUUUGACGCUUAAAUUGCGGAAUAAAAGGUAUACACCUCUAUAUAUGGAUGAGUACUCUGGUAAAAGAGCCGUUGGUGGGAUUGCUAUCCCUAGAAAGAGAUCUGGUCUUGUUUUGAGAGAUGCAGUUGACAAUAGGGAUCAAAAUGCUCAAUUUUGCAACCGACUUGGAUGCAAUGGCAGACUUAACUACGGAAAAGGUACUCAAAUUGAAUGUUCUGAGAAGGCCAAAUCUUCAAGGUCUUGUAUUCAUUCUUCAAGUGACAAGGAAAUAAUUGAAGGUUCCUCUAGGGGUUCCUCCAUGGUGACCAGCACAAGAAAAUCAUUCCAGGAAUUUCACAGAAAGCGAUUUUCUCAACUACAACCAGAUUCAUCAGAAACUAGUACCGUUCAGGAUGAGCCAGAAGUCUCAGAACUUAUUCCCUCGUCAGAAAAGGUUCAGACUGGGUUUCAGUGCAGAUUAAAAGAUGCGGAGUCUGGCAAAGUUGGAAUGACGGAAGUGGGGAGCUCCAGUAUAGCAUCAGAGAGUAGAUCCCAGAAGACAUUUCAGCAAAAAUCUAGAUUGGCAGACCUAGAUACCCAAUUGGGUUCCUCUGUUCCCUUGGCAUCUAAAAGAACCUUUUAUGGGGCAAGAAAUGGUGCCAGUGCAAGCAGGUAUGGUUUGAAAAAUUUAAAAUGCAAUUCAGUAUCUGAUGUCCUUCCAUCAGGUUCUUCAUCAUCAGAUCCAAAACUUAGUAGAAGAAAGGAUAUGGUAAAGAAGAGAAAUCCUGAAGGAGAAACCAGUUAUUCUGAUAGAGGGAAAAAGAUGAGUGGAUCAUCAUCAGGACUUGUUUCCAUGUCUACCAAUGGUAUCACCUUUUCUGAUUCAAGACGAGCCAGAAAUUUCCCUUCUAGCAGGGAUAAUGGUGUUGCAUCUGUUAGGACUCGGAGGUCAAUAGAUGGUAACAAUAGGAUGAUGCUUUCUAAUCAAGGAAAUGAAAAUAAUGCAUCACUGACUCGGUCACCUGUUGGGAUGCCACAAAUGCCUCAGCCUGAAAUCGCUAUUGGCUCAAAUGAUGCUAGUUCAUCACAUCAGUUUUCAGCAGAAGCUUCUUCAAGUUAUUCGAAUUCUUAUAACCGUCCUAGUGCUGGUGGUAGCAAUGUACCGAGUAUGAUGCCAAUUGAUGUUGGAGAACAUGGCAUUACCCUUUCUUCAAUGAAUCAUGAUAGCUUGCGGCGAUAUAACAUGGAUGGAAUUACUGAGGUACUAUUGGCGCUUGAGAGAAUUGAACAAGAUGAAGAGCUAACAUAUGAGCAAUUACUUACUUUGGAGACAAAUUUAUUACUUGGCAGCCUUAGCUUCUAUGAUCAGCAUAGAGACAUGAGACUGGAUAUUGAUAACAUGUCAUACGAGGAAUUAUUAGCUCUAGAGGAGAAGAUGGGUACUGUGAGCACAGCACUAUCAGAAGAAGCAUUAUCCAGAUGUCUUAGGAGAAGCAUCUAUCAGCCUACACCUCCAGUGGAAAGAACAACGGGAUGCAGUGGGGAUGAUGAUACCAAAUGCAGUAUUUGCCAGGAAGAAUAUGCAUUUGGAGAUGAAGUGGGGAGGUUGGGAUGUGAGCAUGCAUUUCAUAUGGUCUGCGUACACCAGUGGCUGCAGCUGAAGAAUUGGUGCCCAAUCUGCAAGGCUUCAGCAACACCCUCACAAUCAUCCUUGAAAGUGUAGUUCAUAUAUACUGAAUCAGAUAUGUGGCAGUAUUCUGUACAAAUUACGGGGGCCUCUUCAAUUUAUCUUUUUUAUUUUUAUUUUUUAUUUUUUAUUUUAUUUUUAUUUUUUUAGGUGUGCAUAAAAUAUCGGUUUCAUUCAAUCCACUAAUAAACCCGGGCUGUUCGCUUUGUGGUUGGAACUACAUAAUGAUUUGCGUAGUACACUGAAUAAAAAAAAUUUAACAAAUAGCUGCCUGUUCAGUUCAUUGGAAUAUGCCUUUUCAUUUUUUUA